UGGGGGCUCCCGCUGUCCACCACCGGAGUCACCGCAGGAAGCAGCGCCUGAUCCCCAGGCCUGACUUCGAGUGAGCAGCCGCUCCAUCCGGCCACUGCCUCUCCCGCGGCGCCCCCUCCGAGCCGCCACGAUGGGUGGCGAACUGGCGACGCGGCGAGGCUCGAGCGCCAUGUUAGAGAGAACGCUCUGAACCGCCCGACAGGCAACGCCGCAGCGCAUCAGAGCAAAUAGAGAGAGAGAGAGAGAGAGAGAGAGAGCACUGUAUUUAAUAAAGUUUCAUCGCAUAGUAUUUCAUCAAGCAUCGAGUACAUUUUUAUUUCUCGACUCCUCGAGCCUGGUGAGGAUCCUCCAACAUCCUGGACCCGUAGUAUCCAAAUACACCAUGUUUAUACAUAUUUAUUUUGUUAUAUUGUUGAAGGAUCAAGAAUUAGAUGAUUGUAUUAGUAACAAGCUUCAUGUAUUUCAUUCUUCAUUUAACGAUAAUUUAUCAGAAAAGAAUUCACAAAGUUUUUCGAUUGACGCUUAUGCUACAAUGAAUAAAUUAGCAAAUAAUACUAGUAACUCUUUAUCUGUUAAAGAUAUUAAUGAAAAUGCAGAAAACCAAAAAACCGUCAACGCAAACAGUAUCAAACAAUCGUUCACAAAAUCAUCGUCAAAAGUUUUGAAGUCACCAAAUAUUGUUCAAAAUAAAGAAAACAAUAAGAUAUUGUGUGCAUGUACACGUGGUUGAUAUAUGAGCAGUGGACAAAGAAAUUAUUAAAAAUCCAGAUAAAAAGGUCGGCCAGGACAGUUUCAAGGAAGUCAAUGAUAACUCAAUCAAGAGAAAGAAUCAAUCUCUUACGCCACUACCACAGUCUCCUAAACGUUUGAAACCAUG